AUGAGGUGGGGGGCAGGCAGCUUGUUUCAGUGGAGGCACAUCCCCACCCCAAGAUGGUAGCAUCCAUUCCAGGGGGCAGCAGCGCUGCCGGCAUGGGCGUUCGCCCAGCUGGUGCCAGAGACGGGGCAGGUGCCGGGCUUUGACGGUGGCCUCCCCUCCCUGCCUGCCCAUCCGCUCUGCUUGGGCUCCCCAGCUGUAAUGCAGAAACAAGUCCCAUCCCUUACCUGCCUGGGGGUCACUGAGCCAGAGUGAGGUAAUGUCGGCGUGGCUCAGCCCUCCACUGAGAGAGGCAGCCUCUAAACACAAGUCCACCUGUACUGCCUAGAGCUCUGCUGGGCUCCCUCUGGGGCCCCUGCUGCUUCCUGGCCACCUGGAGACCCGGGAGCUGGGCCAGUGUGCAGGCUGCCCAGGCCCGUCCUAGGCGUGGGAGAGGGAGCUCCCAGCACCCAGCUUUCUGGGCACCCCGGCCCUUGGUCUGGAUUAACUCCUCACAGCCGAUUGUUCAGGGUUCAAGGAGCCGCCCGCUCCUGGCAUUCUGGUUCCACCAAGAGUCUGGGCGGCCAGGCGCAGCCAGGGCCUAAUGAGUAGGGUGUGCCCCGAGGAGUUAUUAGGAACAGGGUGACAGCUGUGGGCAGGUCCCCACCCUCCGCCGUCGGGCGGGCCGGCUUGCACAACAGUUACCUGUGCUGCGGACGCCACGUGGCACCCUUGCCAAGGGUUUAUUUUUAAAAAACAAAUACUCAGCUUUGGUGGUAGGGGUGGAGAAGGUUUCUAAAUAUUUAAAAGACAUCAUGCCAGCACUUUUGAACCCCUAAAUCUAUUGUAUUGGGAAAGAUGAUGCAAGUUUGUAAAACUGCUCACAAUUACAAACAGGGUAGAACGCCAAACCCAUACCUAGGUUCCUGUCUCCCUCAGCUCGCCCCUUCCCCAUGAUUUUAAAAGGAAAAGAUUUCUGCAAUCACUGGGUGAUUGUGGGCAGGUGGGCCUCACACCGCGGCCAUCCUCCACACCUCGGUCAGGAUGGGCUUCCUACUCUCUGCUCUCUGCAGGCAAACGUAACUGCCUGUUAUCCCUUCCUGGGUUGAAAAAUGCUGGCAGGAGGGUGGAUUCCUGGGCCUGGCUGGUUUUCAUGAUAGGGCUGUCACCUAAGAUCUUCAGCAGCUCAUGGAGUUCGGGACCAAAUCAGUCCUCCGAGUAACGACCAAGUGGACUCAAGGUGCUGUGUGUUUCUGUGUAUCUUCUCUGUCUUCCAGAAGCAGGUCUCCUGCCCGGUAGCAGGAGUUAGUCUGAUGGACACAUGGGGCCUGUCGAGAAGGAUGCUGAAGUACGUGUGAGUGUCAAUUCAAAGGACAUCAUGCUGGGUUCCAGAUGACACCUCAAGACCCUCUCGGAGCGACGCCUGGAGACGAGGACUCCUGUUGCAGGAGGAAAGCUGGGCUGGGACUGAAAGGCCCUGCCGGCGCUGCUCAGAGACUCCUCCACCGUGGGCACUGCCUGCUUGGGUGCCAGGCACUGAGCUAGGCGCUCUGUGUUCUUACCGCGUUUAUUCCUCCCACCACCCUUGCGAAAUAGACGCUCUUAUAACCUUUUCUAGGACGCCUCUGAGAGUGAGAGGGGGCUCUGCGGACAAUGAGGCUAGGACAACGGACAUAAAAUGGGACUGUCCCAGGCAAGUCGGGGCGUCUGAUCACCCCACCCAGGUCAGAAGCACACCCUCCCCGUCGUGGCCGCCAGAACCAUCUCUGGGAGGCAUCCCAUUAAGGAAAUGAGAACCCCGUUAGCACACGGCCUGGGAGAGUAGGUGAUCAAGAAACGUGCGAUCAAUAAACAAGUACCAGCUACACAUGGUGGUGGUAAUCACCUGUUUGCUCUAGCUCUGGGGGCCCUGUUGCAGCCGGGCGUCGGGGAAGCGGCAUCUAAAUCUCCUUGUGAAGCAGGAAGGAGGACUCUGGCUCUGGAGCCUGGCACGCAGCAGGAGCACGGGCCUUGGGGCCGAUAGAGCAGGCCCAAACAUCGGCCAGUGAUUAACCGAGACGUCCCCCUCCGGCCAUUUUGGGUCUUGCUGCGGCGUCUGGAAAGAAAAGCACCCCUCCAGCAAGAGGACGACAUUUUGACAGGGCACCUCUUCCCGCUGGUUUUCAGGUUAUAACCCUGCAGUUAUAAAGAAGGUCCUUCCAGAAUCAGGGAGAGAAGAAAGGAGUACAGGCUGGCCUGCCUCAGCCAGCAGUGCCCCGAAGAGAGGCACACAGGCGCUCCCUGGGAAACAGAGCCUGAGGUGACAAAGCUCCGCAGGGCUGUGCCUAAUCCAGGCCUGGCUACGCUGAUGACUGGAGCCCAGCGCAUAUCUGCCUGCCCAGCCCCGCCUGGCCCAGCAGGCCAACCUGCAUCGGCGCCCUGGGACAGAAGGCCGGCCCCCUCCCACUCCCAGCCCACUUGCACGGCCCUCUCCCCAGGUGAUGCCCAUCACAGGUAAACAGGGAGCCGGCCAAGCAAGCACACUUGUGUAUCGUCAUCAUUACUAAGGCUAUUAACACCACGUGCAGCGUGUGUGAGGGUGGAUGACGGCCCAGCUCCACAGCAAGCUGGUGACGCCAGGCCACAGCCGUCUCCUGCCCCACAGCCCAAGGCCCAGAGGCCCCAGUCUGGAUCAGCAGUGCGGAUGGAGAGACGUCGACAGCCGCUGGUCACUGCCCUUUCAAAGGUGAAGACAGUAAAAUUUAUGACAGGCGUCCUAUCAGACAACAGAGGAGCAUAAAAGGAGAAGGAAGAGUGAUAGCCCAUGGGUCCGCGGACGUCUGGAGGGUUCUAGCAUGGGGCUGCGGCCACGCACUUUCCUCCUGGGGCUGCUGCUGCUGCUGCUGGGGCGAGGAACUACCCAGGCCCGUACCUCCCCUGGGGAGAACACACUGGAAGAGCAGCUAUGGCCAGAGUGGCAGAGCCUGAAGGGCUUUCCAUUCUCAUGCAACUCAAAGAAGUCAGGAUCUGAUGCGCCUUCUAACUCAGUCCACUCCCUGAGCCCUUCUGAUAUUAAACUUGUGGCAGCCAUUGGCAAUGUGGAAACUCCUCCAGACUCAGGGGCGGAUGACCUGGAGAAGCAAGAAUGGACUGAAAGCGAGGGACCACAGGCGUGCAUGGGAGUGGUGACCGUCCUUUCAGAUGUCAUCAGACACUUCAAUCCAUCUGUCCUGAGGCCCAUCUGCAGCCCUGGGAAGGGAGUGGUACCCCAUAAUGGUGCUGAAGACUUGUGGAUUCAGGCAAAAGAGCUGGUGAGGAGCAUGAAAGAGAACCAGCAACUUGACUUUCAGAAUGACUGGAAGCUCAUCACCGUGUUCUUCAGUAACACUAGCCAGUGUCACCUGUGUCCCUCCGCCCAACAGCAAAGACACGUGACGAGCAGCAUGGACCAGCUGACGAGAAUGCUGGACUGCCUGCAUCAGGAGGUCCCCAAAGCAUUUGUGAACCUGGUGGAUCUCUCCGGGGUUCUGAGGGGCUCGCAUUGGCAUCAGGGGACUCCGCUCAGUCCCACGGCCGAGCCCUGCAGGUGCUCAGGGGAGACCUCACGGCUGUCCAGGGUUGCGACCCAGUGGGCCUAUCAGGAAACCUGGGAACAGCUCCUGGCCUCCAGCAAGUACAAUGAGCAGAAGUCCUUCGCAGUGGUUUUCCAGCCUUUCUUCUACGAGGGAGCCCUGCCGCCACCCUCGGGGGAGCGACCACUCCAGGAUCCCACCGUCCUCGCCUUGACUCUCUGGAACAGCAUGAUGGAGCCAGCAGGACAGAAAGAUGAGCCAUUCAGUGCAAAAGAGAGAAGGCCAGUGAAAUGUCCCUCUCAGGAGAAUCCCUACCUGUUCACCUACAGGAACAGCAACUAUUGGCCCAGGUUGCUGGAAUCCCGUGCGAAGUUAGAGGUGAGAGAUGGAAUGGAAAUCAGGUGUCCUGACAAGGAUCCCUCUGACACGAUUCCCACAUCAGUUCACAGGCUGAAGCUGGCUGACAUCAAGGUCAUCGGAGCCCUGGGUGAUUCGCUCACAGCAGGUAAUGGGGCCGGAUCCAAGCCUGGGAACGUCCUGGACGUCUUAACUCAGUAUCGAGGUCUGUCCUGGAGCGCGGGCGGCGAUCAGAACCUCAGCAGCGUCACCACCUUGCCCAACAUCCUCCGGGAAUUCAACCCUUCCCUGAAGGGUUUCUCUGUUGGCACUGGAAAAGAAAACAGUCCUGGGGCCUUCCUAAACCAGGCCGUGGCAGGAGCCCGAGCUGAGGAUUUACCUGUUCAGGCCAGGAGGCUGGUGGAUCUGAUGAAGAAUUACAUGGAUAUAAACUUUCAGGAAGAUUGGAAGAUAAUAACCCUGUUUAUAGGAGGCAACGACCUCUGUAAUGUCUGCAAUGACCCGGUCCGCUAUUCUCCACAGAACUUCGUGGACAACAUCGGGAAGGCUCUGGAUAUCCUCCAUGCCGAGGUGCCUCGGGCGUUUGUGAACCUGGUAAAGAUCCUGGAGAUCAUCAGCCUGAGGGAGCUGUACCAGGAGAAGAAUGUCAGCUGCCCGCGGCUGGUCCUCCGGAAACUGUGUCCCUGUGUCUUGAAGUUUGAUGAUAACUCAGCAGAACUUGCCUCCCUCAUCAAAGUGAAUAAGAAGUAUCAGGAGGGGACUCACCAGCUGGUCGAGAGUGGGCGAUAUGACACAAGGGAAGAUUUUACAGUGGUCGUGCAGCCGUUCUUUGAAAACGUGGAGAUGCCAAAGACCCCGGAGGGGUUGCCUGACAGCUCUUUCUUCGCUCCUGACUGUUUCCACUUCAGUAGCAAGGCUCAUGCCCGUGCAGCCCAGGCCCUGUGGAACAACAUGCUGGAACCUGUCGGCCAGAAGACGAGAAGGCAUAGGUUUGAAGACAAGAUCAAUAUCACAUGUCCAGACCAGGUUUGGCCAUUUCUGAGCACCUACAAGAACGCUGUGCAGGGUCACGGGAGCCAGCUGCUGUGCAGUGACAGAGCCCCUUCUGCCUCACCGCCCACCUCAGUGCACACCCUGAGACCUGCAGACAUCCAAGUUGUGGCCGCUCUGGGGGACUCUCUGACCGCUGGCAAUGGGAUUGGCUCCAAACCGAAUGACCUAUCUGAUGUCACUACUCAGUACCGGGGGCUGUCAUAUAGUUCAGGAGGGGACAGCUGCCUGGAGAAUGUGACCACCUUACCGAAUAUCCUUCGGAAGUUUAACGGAAAUCUCACAGGCUAUGCGGUGGGCACAGGCAACGCCAGUGACACAAAUGCCUUCCUCAAUCAGGCUGUUCCUGGAACAAAGGCUAAGGAACUUUCAAGCCAAGUCCAGACUCUGAUACAGAAGAUGAAAGAUGACCAUAGAGUAAAUUUCCACGAGGACUGGAAGGUCAUCACGGUGUUGAUUGGAGGCAGUGACUUAUGUGACUACUGCACGGAUUCGAGUCUGUAUUCUGCAGCCAACUUUUUUGACCAUCUCCGAAAUGCCCUGGACAUCCUGCACAGAGAGGUACCCCGGGCGCUGGUCAACCUCGUGGACUUCAUGAGCCCCCGCGUCAUGCGGCGCGUGUUCCUGGGGAACCCUGACAAGUGCCCGGUGCAGCAGGCCAGCAUUUUGUGUAACUGCGUUCUGACCCUGCGGGAGAGCUCCCAAGAGCUGGCCAGGUUGGAGGCCGUCACCCGAGCCUACCAGAGCAGCAUGCGUGAGCUGGUGGAGUCAGGUCGCUACGACACACGGGAGGACUUCUCCGUGGUGCUGCAGCCCUUCUUCUACAACAUCCAGCUCCCCAUCCUGGCGGAUGGGCGCCCGGAUGUGUCCUUCUUCGCCCCAGACUGCCUCCAUCCAAAUCAGAAAUUCCACUCCCAGCUCUCCAGAGCCCUUUGGGUCAAUAUGCUUGAACCACUAGGAAAGAAAACGGAUACCCUGGACCUGACGGCAGAUAUACCCCUCCCCUGCCCUGCUCAGAAUGAACCCUUCCUGAGAACCCCCCGGAACAGUAACUACACAUACCCCACGAAGCCAUCCAUUGAGAACUGGGGCAGUGACUUCCUGUGUGAGGAGUGGAAUCCUUCCAACAGUGUCCCCACGUCAGUCCAUGAGCUCCGACCAGCGGAUAUCAAAGUGGUGGCUGCCCUGGGUGACUCGCUGACUACAGCGGUGGGAGCCCGACCCAGCAACUCCAGUGACCUCCCCACAGCCUGGAGGGGACUGUCCUGGAGCAUUGGAGGGGAUGGCGACUUGGGGACCCAUACCACACUGCCCAACAUUCUGAAGAAGUUCAACCCCAAAAUCUUCGGCUUCUCCACCGGCACCCGGGAGGAGACCGCCGGGCUGAAUGCAGCAGUGGGAGGGGCCAGAGCUCGUGACAUGCCGGCCCAGGCCCGGGACCUCAUGGAGCGAAUGAAGAACAGCCCUGAAAUCAACCUACAGAAAGACUGGAAGCUCAUCACCCUGUUCAUUGGGAGCAACGAUUUGUGCCAUUACUGCGAGAAUCCGGAGGCCCACUCAGCCAGCGAGUAUGUUCGGCACAUCCAGCAGGCCCUGGGCAUCUUCUAUGAGGAGCUUCCAAGGGCUUUCAUCAACGUGGUAGAGGUCAUGGAGCUGGCUGGCCUGCACCAGGGCCAAGGUGGGAAAUGUGUCAUGCCACUGGCAGCCCAGAACAACUGCGCCUGCCUCCGAGGCUCCCAGGAGAACUCCCCGGAGAUGCUGCAAGAACUGAAGACAGUGAACUGGGACUUCCAGAGUGGCCUCUCCAGGCUCUCCUACCAGUACCUGCAGCGUGAGGACUUCGCCGUGGUUGUGCAGCCUUUCUUCCAAAACACUCCUGUCCCCCUGAACGACAGAGGAGGCGCUGACCUCACCUUCUUCUCCGAGGACUGUUUCCACUUCUCAGAACGCGGGCAUGCUGAGAUGGCCAUCGCUCUCUGGAAUAACAUGCUGGAACCCGUGGGUCAAAAGACAACCUCCAACAACUUCACCUAUAGCCGAACCAAACUCAAGUGCCCCUCCCCUGGGCGCCCCUACAUCUGCACCCUGAGGAACAGUUGGCUGCUCCAAGACCAGGCUAAAGCAGACCCCCCAGUGCUCUCCUGGGCCGUGCCAGUGGCAGCAGGAGGCGGCCUUGCGGUUGGUGUCGGCACAGUGAUGGCCUGGAGAGCCCUAAGGGGUCGCCAGAGGGAAAAUCCUCCCAUAAGUCUGAACACUGUGAGCUUGUAGGCCCGCCAGCCCUGUGCGGGCUCUCAUCCUGAAUUCCCCAGCCACGUUCCUCACCAGCCCUCUCCCUUGGCCACCCCUGGCCACUACGGAGGUCACUCGCUUCAACACCUGGUAAUGUAGGAAGCCAAAGGGACAGUCACAACUUCUUGGGGCCUGAGACCUAUGAUCCUGGAAUUGGCACAUCUAAAUAAAGGCCAAAGCCGUUCUAUUCUUGGGUUUGCCUGCUUGAAGCUCUCGCCUUCCAACCUGUCGUGUGGCGCAGAUGUGGGAGCUGGGACCUUGUCUCAGACAGGGAUGGCCAACCUGAGCCCAGACUGGCACCCAACAGGCAUAUCCUCAGUCACCAAAACCACUAUUUCAAAUGUGGGAAAAACCUUGGUCACCAGGGUUUGGCUGGAAUUUUGGAGCUUGCCUGCCAUCACUCAGUACCAUCCAACAUCUUUUCUGUACCCAGGACAAGGUAGAGCAUUGUGGUACCUCCAAGGUUGUGCAUGUCACGGCCUGGCCAAGAGACGAACUCUUUCAAAAAUACAAGAUGCUCUGUGACAGCGUGUGGUUCAGUCCUGGGGCAGUGGCAGGUAAAUGCGUCUGCUUUCAAGAAUAGGAGUUCCUUGGGAAAGGGUUCCUGGAAGAGAGCAAUUUUGAAAUGUCAUUUUAAAAAAAGGAUUGGGACAUGAAUGCUUCACAUAUUCUCAACCUGAUUUUCUCAAGGUGCUAAAUUUAGAAAAGAAUUCCUCUUUCUACAUUACCAGGUUUAUGAGAGAGCUAGAGAGAGUCUGAUAACACAAGCUCCCUCCAUUCAGCCCCUAGCAGGGGCAAGGCCCUGAGCUGGAUGUCUUACACAGAUAAGCUCUUUUAUUCAGCACAAAAACCCAGGGCGGGGUUGAUGGUCAUUUCUGAAGACAGAAAUAGUGGUUGUACAACACUGUGAAUGUACUAAAUGCCAUGAAUUGUUCACUUUCAAAUGGCUAAUUGUAUGUCACGGGAAUUUCACCUCAAUAAAAAGCAAACAAAAAUCCAUUA